UUCUCCAGACCCUAGUAGAAAGCAACAACCACGCCUUCCGCGCAAAACCCUCCCGGCUCAGACUCGUCUGUUGCAGCUCCUCCUCCGCCGCCGCCGCCGCCCCCGCCCCGCAUCGGUUUCCCUCCUACCCUCCGCCGGUAGCCGAAAGCAAGAUGGUUCUCCAGAACGACAUCGACCUCCUCAACCCGCCGGCAGAGCUCGAGAAGCUCAAGCACAAGAAGAAGCGCCUCGUCCAGUCCCCCAACUCCUUCUUCAUGGAUGUCAAGUGCCAGGGAUGCUUCAGCAUAACCACUGUUUUCAGCCACUCCCAGACUGUUGUUGUGUGCCCAGGCUGCCAAACUGUCCUCUGCCAGCCCACAGGAGGAAAGGCGAGGCUCACGGAGGGCUGCUCUUUCCGCCGGAAGGGAGACUAGAGCGGGGUCUGUUAGUACUGGAUCGGUUGUCAAUCUACAGCAUGUAGUCUUCAAGUUUUGCUCUAUGCUAGUGUCAUGAAUUGCCUUAGCUAAGGCUUUCCAUAAUGUUGUUCGACUGCUGCUAUGUAUUGCUAUUGCAUGUUGGCUAUUGCUAGACUUUUGCUGGUUUGGUUCAGAUCAUGAUUUGAAUUAUAUUUAUGCUAUUGACGAUAUUUGGUGACA